GUUUUUACAAUAAAAUUGACAUUUCAAAGAUUUUGUCAGAAAUAGUUAUGUACCGUUGAAAACAUGGAGGCAAUGCUGCAAAAUAGAUUCGAAGGAUCAAUUUUCUUUGUCUAUGAUCGUCAUUUCCUGCAAAAAGAAGAGGACCUCUUGGAGGAUGCGAUAAUUUAUUUUUAUCCACAUUCUAUGCCAAUAGACAACCAGUGUAGAUUAUGUGGUCAGCUAAUGGGUCUCGUUCAGUUCACUGAUUCAGUGUUCGGUUCAUGCCCAGCGUUAUUUCGGUUCGACAAUGAAAAAAUUGCAGUCAAACAUGUUGGAAAAUAUUCUUUAGCAUUGGCAGGGAAUUCAUUUGAACCAGAUUCAGCUUUACUAGCCACUGUUGAUAGAUUAUAUUUCCUCUUUGCAUUCUAUCAUGGAUCUAUUAACCAAGUUGAGUUGGAAUGCGACAAUGACAGGGAAAAGUUUAUCCCAGAAAUUCAUGUGAUUUGGGAGCAAUAUUUAGCAUUCAUUCGCAAUUAUGGUGACAAUCUUCCUUCAGUAUUCAAUCCUAUUCCAUACCUACCUUUGAAGAAUGAUUUGAAUUUUUACUUUUUAAAAGCAUCACACAUCUUGGAAUCUUGUCAACGUCGACCACAGAUUAUUGCUGGAGCGAUACUUUAUAAUAGAUUUAUUCUGUGCAGUCAUUUAACAGACCCGAUAACAAGAUGUCUCUUAUUACUAAAACCAAAUCAGGAACAUCAUCCAGCAAUGCCAAUUGAAACAGGUUACCAACUACCAUUUGGUGUUCGGCUGUUCAAUGUGUAUUUGACAAGAAAUGACUUGACAGAAAUUCUGGUAAACAAUGAAAACUCUCCUUAUCAAUCUCCAUCUGAAGAACCAUUUCGUUGUUGUUGCAGUGAAAAUAAAACACCGAGGAGUAGAACUCCCAGAAUGCAUAUCAGGAAAGUUGGUUCAACCACACCUCAACCUAAAGUUGAGUUAACCCAGAGUGAGAAAGAUCCGCUCCAUUCAUCAGAUAAUUCCAGUUCGAAGCUGUGUAAAGCAAUGUUGGAAGAUUUAUUAUUAAAAGGUUUUAGAUGUUGCAAGUGUAUUGAAGAAACUGAUGGAGAAUUGGAAGAAGGGAGUUCGUUUGGUGAUGAAAGUGUUUCUGAAUGCAAGGAAAACAAGAGGAGUCAAGAAAAUGCGUUGAUACCUUCCACAGAAGAUAGGAAUUGUAACAAUAUAGAAGAGGCAAUAGAAGAGUGUUCUAGGAACUCUGCUGAUUCUAGCCAACCUCAGCUUUCUCAGAAUUCUGUUGUGGAAGCUGAAAGUGGUAUCGAGGUUACAGGGAGUGAUUUUCACAGCAGCGCUGCAACCAAUCUUGAUCAACCGUCUGCUAGUUUCUCUUACGUGAAAUAUCAAGAGAAAAGUCGGAAUUUUACCCUAUGUUGUAAAACAGAGGAGACAGAUAAGAUUGCAAGUCAUUUGGAGGGCAAACACGAUAUCAGGGGAGAGCAAAAUGACCUGGAAUAUGCUGACAAGGAACCAACGAAACAUUCGUCGAAUAAUGAGUUGACUAAUCGCGAUUAUGAUAUCACUAAUUUACCCCAGAACGAGCAGAAAGAUGAGGAUAAUACCUCGUAUGACUCGGACCAUGUUACUGCUGGAGAAGAGGUGAGGGAAAGUUUUGGCAAAGCACAUGCUAACGCAGAUGAUGUUAAUCCAACUGUUUCAGAGGAUGAGGAAACAGAACGUUUGAAAUAUGAUCAGUUGAGCAAAGCUUGCAAUACUGGCAAAGAAAACGACUUCAUGGAACGGAGGAAAUUGUCCAACAGUAUUGAUGUUGAUUCUUCAUUGAAGAACCAUGUUUUAGGUGAAGAGCAAGAUGGUGUUAUAGAGAAACAAUCAACGGACUGUAUGCCUCGCGAGGUCACUAAUCAAAGAUUAAAUGCUUUGACGCUUGAGGAACCAUAUCAGUUAUCAUCAUCCGAAGAUAGUUAUAGAACGCCAGAUGAAAUAUUGGAUACUGAGGAACCUCUUGAUGGAUUGGAUGGGAUGUAUGAUACAGAGGAGGAGCUUUGCGAGGGACAGUGGAUGAACAAUGAGGAUAUAGACGCUCUUCUUGAUGAAGACGAGGAGGGUCUGGUACAUGUUUGUAAACUUGGGAUGAAUAGGGACAUCGAGUGUCAGGAUGUUGAUGAAAGGCAAGAUGAAGAAUAUAGCAACAAGUGUCAGCAGAACGAAUGUCAUGGACAGUUUUGUGAGGUUGAUGGAUUGAUUCACGCUAAUCUGUUUGUUCAAGCGCAUUCAGAAAUAGUUCUAAUUCUUCUCGCAAAAUGUGACCUUUAUCAGAAUGAAGACACCGUGAAAUCUUUGUGGAGUUCAUCUCUAUCACAGCUUGGUGAGCUCGACAUUUUGAUGAAGAAUUCGGCAAAACAUAUUUAUCAGGAUGCCCAAGUGCCGUUCAAUUUAUUAAUUUACGAUAAUUUUGAGAAAACCAUGUCAGGUAAUCUCCGAGAGCCCGUCUUUGCACCAGAUCAUGUGUUUUGCGAAGCAGCUAAAACUUUGCACAGCCAUUUCAAGAAUGCUCCGCAGCUAGGAGACGUUACUUUGAGGAAUUUCCUUUGUGGUAUUUACGGUGAGCGAACGCUUUCACGAGAAACCUAUUUUCAAGAAUCUGUAAAUAACUCUUCGUCAAAUUGGGCACCGAAUAUUACUGGAUAUUUGGCUGAAAAAAUGAGAGAAUAUAUUGUGAAGGAUGGUUUGCCGUUUGUUUAGUAGAUGAGGAGAUUUAUCGGGACACAGAUCACCGCUUUAAAAAAUGGCGGUCAAUUUCUUAUGGGUAACAAUUACGUUCCGCGCUGGUAAA